AUGGUUAUAGUUGUGAAGGAGGAAGAGACGAUCGAAAUCGGAAUGCCAACAGAUGUCAAGCAUGUGGCACACAUUGGGUUUGAUGGCCAAUCCGCUGCUGGCACUGCACCUAGUUGGAUGAGAGAGUUCAAGACCGGGCCAGAUUUUGCCGCGUCAUCAAUUGAUAAUACUAGCGGCAAACCAUCACCCCCUCAAGGCGAGAAUGGUGGCAAUAAUAAUCCUUCGAAGAAAGCUAAACGAAAGAAGCAGAAGGCGAUGUCCUCUUCGAGCUCCAGUAGUACCUCCUCCAGAGCAACAUCAUCAUCACGGGCAGCAUCCAAGUCCAAGGGCAAGCCAGUCGAAGACGACGAUAUACAGGACAUGUAA